AACAUUCCGCCGUAAACAACAUUAUUAUGUACCCAAACGUCAUUUGCACUAGACCUUGUACUCGUACAAAUGUUAUCAGGUCGAAUUAUUACGAAGACGAUUAUGACACUGAUAAAUCAUACGCGUCCUCUAAAUAUUCUGAAACUUUUUACAAAGAUAUUAGAUGUCAAUCUAGUCAGACUGAUUUAAUACUUAUUGACAAAUCAACCCCUUCCAUUUAUAGUUGGCAACGUAGCUCUAGCUGCAAAGAGUUUAAUUCAUCUAGGUCUUGUUCCGGAGAAACUCCUCCAGUUGAAAACGAAGAAGCAAAUUCCUCAUUUGAUAGAAACAGUUCAGUAGAUCAUCCUAUUACAAAAAUUUUCUCAAGUAGUUAUCCUGGUACAACUUCUAGUUUAUCAACUGAAAGUGGUAGUGAUCGUAAACUUGAAAUUACUGGUAAUGUUAGGGUAGUACCAGAUAAAGAUGAUAUGUACCAAGAUGACAUUAGUCAAGAUUCAUACGAGUUAUUAGAAAAAGAAGUAUUUAAUAAUACUAUUAGUGAUGAUGAAGAUGAAAUAUUUUAUGUAGAAAAUGAUAAUAAAGAAAAUACUUUAGCAAUUGAAAAACGAUUUGGUUAUUUAGAGCCCAAAUAUAGAGAUAUAGAGUUCAAUAAGUUUAAUGAAAUUUGUAAAAAAGAAUUGGCUUCCCGAAGUAAAGAGCAGAUUUUUGCUAAUAAUACAAUUCGAUUCAAUGCAUUUGAAAAUAAAGGUGAAACUGGUCAUGUUCCCGUGGAACGAACAAAAAGUGAUUCAUAUAUGAGUGCUCCUAAACAUAAAUCUCAUAGACUGCUACAUCAAAAGUCUAUAGAUUUGACACCCCUUGAUACAUUUGAACCAAGUAUUGUUAAAUUAGAUUUAGAUAUACCCUAUAUAUUACAUAAGCGACACACAAUUGAGGGUUCGACUAAUGAAGAAAGUACAGUCAAAUGGUCAACAAUUAAGUGUGGUUCGGAUCAUUAUUCCCAAGAUUCAGGUUUGUCAUUAUCAACUCAAUCCACUGGUAACGUAAGUGUUGAAGAUGACAGUCCUGUAGAUUUAGAUACACUUUUAUUAAAUAAAUAUCAUGAUGAUGUAGUAACCACAUCUAAAAGUUCAGAGCUUAUUCAAAUGGCAUACAAAUCAACUUCAUUCAAUGAAUCUGAAAUUAGACCAUCGUCGUCUGGUGAAAAAAUUAACAAGCUGAAGUCUUGUCAUAGUGCUGACAGUGUACCUGUGAGUAAAGUCAAGAAAAUUUGUUACCAACCUCGAAGUGCAGAUAAUGGAUUAAAAAAAGAAGUAGAAGUUAUACAAAUUGACCCCGAUGAAGAAGAGCCUAAACCCGAAGAAAUUAUAAUUGUAGAAUAUAGAGGUGGAAAAGCUAAAAAAUUAAGAAAGGACUCAUUGGGUAGUAAAGAUAACAAGAGUUUAGGAUCAGCUUCUACAUCUAUUGCUUCAAAUUCACCUGGAAUAUCUCCAGAAAGACGUAUUUCAAAUAGCCCAAAAAAAGAAAACAUUUUUAAAUCUUCUGUUGUUAAAAUCAAAAUAGCUUCUGCUUUAAAUUCUAAUUCUAUUCACAUAGUUCCAAAUGUUGUGAUUAGUGAUGAUGAUAAUAAUGGAACAAAACAUAAUAAAUUAAUGGAGUAUAAUGCACUUCCUGAUAUUGUAUCCAAUUCUGUAAAGAACUCUCAAAUAAUUAAUUCAAAAGUAGCUAGUGAAAUACAGACAGUUGAAAUUAGCAGUGUAAGAAAAGAAGAAGAGCAAGUCGUUCCUGAUGGUAAUAGUUCUAAUGAAACUAAAAUAAAAUUGAAAAAUGCAUUGUCUAGUAUGAUGGUUUCACAACAAAUUACAGUGCCACAACCUAUAGAUACUGAAUCUAAGGCUGUUAAAAUCAAUAAAUUCCAAUCUUUAGCUACAAAAAUAGCUGACUUUGAUGGAUUUACUACUUUAAAAAAAGACAAGUCACCUUCCGAAUUAUUGAGAAAAAUACUACCUGAUAAAAUAUCUCAGAAUAGAGAAAAAUCUCCUAUACUUUUUGCUAGGUUAGGUUUAUCUGAGGGUUCAGCAUUUCCAAAUGUAUCUGGGCAAAAUCAGUCACAAAGGCGGGCUAUAUCUUUAGAUUCACCAGUUGUUUCCCUGCAUCAACUUCCUUUAGUUACGUCAUUUUCUAGUAAAGAUGAUACAGUUGAUAACGAAGAUGAGGUAGAGUUGGAAGAAAAACCAAUCAAAUGGUGGAACAUUAAAGUUGAUGAGACCGUUGUAGAAUGCCUUACAUAUUUAAUCAAUGCUGUUGUUAAAGAAUCUGAAGAAUAUAAUAGUAUAUCACUGUCACCAAGUGUAACACCAGAAAGAAGACGUUCAAGUACUAGACAAGAACGUUUGGACUCUUUAAAAAAAUUAAAAAAUUUUGAAAUUGAAGUUUGGGAUUCUGAAGAAUUAAAUGUGGCUUCAGCUAUUGAUUAUGAACAUAAGGACUUUGAAGAUGAAACUUUUAUUGUGUCUAAUAUUACUUGUGCACCUAAUACUGACAUAAAAAACCAAAAUAAUAAAUCUAACAAUAAAUGUUCGACUGAUGACGAUUGGGUGUCUGUCGAUGAUUCUGGAAGUAGUGAAGAAAUACCAUUUAAAGAACUUGAUUCUCAAAGUUCAGAUGAAACAAAACGUACAGCUCAAAAAACAGGUCAGAGUGUUUCAGAAAUUAUUGAGGAUACUGUAAUUGAAGCAGAUAACUUAAUAUUAGACAGAAAUGAUCAAAGCGAAAAGGAGCCUGAUCCUAGUUCAGAUGUAUUCAUAGAAGAAAUUGAUCACGCUGAAUUAAUUAAUAAAUUAGGAUGCAUUGAAAUACCACCAAAGUUAGAACCUAAACGGCAUCAUAGACUUUCAUUAGAAAGUUCGGGUAGUUCAAGUCUUGAUGAUCCGCCUCAUAUGGAUGAUUUGAGCGGAAACAUUGCAGAUGAAGAAGAUGUCACCUCUAGUCCUUUACCACCAACUCCAGAUGUUACUUAUUCUGGUAUGUAUCUCAUAGGGUAUGGUAUAUAUGGAAUGUCUCGAACAUUGUCUAGAAUAAGCGAACAAAGCACAUCAGAAAAAUCUGAAAUUGAUGAUGAGUUAUCAACAAAAUAUUCUACUCAAUCAGCGUCACUAGAUGAUUCAAUACUGUCUAGUGAUUGUCAGCCAAGUUUAUGUUCUGAUGCGAUGGAUAGCUUACCAGAUUUGCCGCCAUUACCAGAAGAGUAUGCAUUUGAUAUUCCUCCACCAGUCGAACAAUGGCUUUCUCCUAAAAGUGAAGACCUUACACCCGUGGAACAAAAACAUUUUGAUGAUGAUGAAGAUGCAAAAACAAUUCAUAAUGAGGAUUUUGUAGAAGAAGAAACAGAAGAACCGCGUCGAGCACCAUCUACGAACAAACCUAGGCUAUCAUUUGGUGAUGAUACUUCAGCUGGCGUGUCUACAUCAGAAUUUUCAAGUAAUGCUACAAUACUUCAUCACUACGAUAGUGUUUGUCCACCUCCAGAAUUCUUGAACAAAGACUCUGAUGAAUAUGACUCGCCAUUUACUGAGUCUGAUGAAUCAAAAUUCUACCGGCCACCACCUCACAUGUUUGAACUACCCAAGACCAGUAUGAAAACUAGAAAGAGCCGUAUGGCACAUGGUCCGGCAUCAUUGGAUGCACCAGGGCUAAAACCAAAGACAUUAGCUACUAGAGCUCGUUGCCAUUCUUAUUUCUCAUUAACUCGCAGUCCUCCUAGUGACGCUUCAUCAUCUUCACUUGAGGCUCAAGAGCCACCCAAUGUGCCAAAUACAAUACCUAGGGCUUCCAAAAGAAGACGUUACACACAUACUUUAAAGAGAAAACCUAAAGUGAUACAAAUUACAAAAGUAUAGAUUUACUUUUUCAAUAUAAAUCAAUAUUGAUUAUAAAUUUCUAAACUUCCAUUAAAUUACACUUAUUUGAACCAAUUUUAUAAUAAUUAAUAAUGGCAUAUAGGGUGUAGAUUCACAAAUAUUGUGUUAAGAAAGUUAAGGAUAACAAAGACAUUACUAGAUAAUUUUCUUAGUAUUUCACAUGGUAUAUUAGUAAUUUUUCUUUAAUAUUAAUAUUUAUGUUUUUAUAAAACAUAUAUAUAUAUAUAUAUAUUUUCUUUUGUGGGUUGUGAUAAUAAUGUUAUACAAAUGUAAUCUUCGGGUUUUGUUUUGUUUUAUUUUAUAAUAUUUAAAUAAUAGUUUUGUUCUGUUAAAUUGUUAUUAUUAAUUCUAAGUGAAUAACAUAAUAUUAUAUCUUAAAACAACUAUAUAAUAUUAUAUUUAUGAUGACAUUUUUGUAACUUGUAUACAAUAGUAAAUUAUUGUACUUGAAUGAAUUAAAAAACAACAAAUAAUGAGUUUAAUCGUAUUUAAUUUAAAUGGGUGGCAAAUGUGAUCGAACUGUAUUUUGAUGAUAAAUAUUAGUUAAAAGUACUUCAAACAUACUUUAAAUAAUCAAUUUAAUAUUCUAUUGAAAAUUUAAAUUUUAUUUGGUGCUCAAAUAUUUUGUAUUUGAAAUAAUAAUUUAAGUUAUUUCUUCAUUAUAAUAACCUAUUAUAUUCUUAAUAUAAAUGUUUCAUCUUGGUUGAGUAUUAUGUAAAAUUUAACACUGAAACUGAAUAUGCCACCAUGUGAUUAUACAUCAUUAUUUUGUUAAAACAUACUAUUUCAAAUGAUAAUACAUUAAAAAUACUAAUAUUUAUAAAUAAUAAUUAUAAUAUUAUAAUAGACUGAUAUUCAAUAUUAUUAUGACAAAUUACUUGUUGCAACUGGUUUCCAGUGUAUAUAAUAUAAAUGAAAGUUAAAGACAUGGCAAGAUUAAUAUAAUGUCACUGUACCAAAUUAUAAAAGAGAAAUAAAUGAAUUCAAAAUAUUACUCCAAUUCUCAUGGACUCAAAUAUGGUCUAAAUAGUUAUAAACUAUAAUGUAUUCUUUUAAUCAUCAAAUUGCAAAUUUAAAUACUAAUUCUUUAACAUUAUAUCAAAUUUCAAACUGUCUUCCUUUAGUAUAAAAUAUUUAUUAAGCAUAGUUUUGUUUUUCAAAUGAAAUUUGUUAUAGAAUAUUAGUUUUCAAAACUCAAAUAUUCGUUAAUUCUCUUUUAUCCUGUUGACUAUAUAUCUGCCGUUAUACAUCAUUCUCAACAUUAUUUGUAAUUAUUUAAUUUCAUUUACUUACAACUGAUUAAUAAUUGUUAAAAGAUUUCAUAUUUUGUUGUGGUUUUAUUGUAUUGUUUUCUAUUCCUUGUUUUUUUAUACAUAAUAUUACAUAUUAUAUAUAUUUCUAGAUUUCAAGAACAUUUUCGUAUUACCUAAAUGUGAAACUGCAUUUCAAUAAUUUUUACUUUGUUAUUUUUUUUAAAUUAAUUAACUAGGUGUUAGAUUAUUUGUUUUUGUAAAUUGUUUAUAAAUAAUUUAUUAUAAUUAUAUCUAGAUACCAUUUUACUAUGUACAUACAAACGACGAUAAAGAUAUAAUAAUUAAUAAAAAGUCAACAAAUAAAAAAUAAACUAUGAUUUAAUAAUUUUUAAUAAUUUCCAUAUGAUGCACAUUUUUUUUAAUGUAUGUCACUUUAAAUCAUUCGUGUUAUGCAUAUCCGGGUUAACCCAAUGGAGUUAAGUGAGUUUUUAAUAUAUAUAAAUAGUUGUACAUUUUAUGUUGAACCUUAUUUGUGUAUCAACAUUCAAUUACAUAUCAUAAAAUUGCUUCUCAUUUAUUAUUAUUAUUUUUGUUUUUCAUAUAUUAUAUUAUUAUUUUGCAACACACAAAUAAAUAUACAUUUAAGUAUAUAUUUGUACUUUGGUUAAAUUAUAAUUAUUACAUGUUUUUAUUUGCAAUCACAAACCCUAUCCCUAUUUUAAUUUUAUCAAACUGCACACAUACAUGGUUAUAAAAGCAUUUUAUAUAAUUUGUUUUAAUACUCCACUUGUGAAUUGUACAUUGCUUGGUAUAUUUUGUAUAAAAUGCUUUUAUUAAUAAACUUUUUUAA